GCAUUCGAAUCUAACAGGGCCGUUCACAGACCCGUCACCCACUCCGUCGAACGUGCUUUCUCUCUCUGUGUCACUCCCAGAAAGAACGAAAAAAGAAAAAGAGUAUCCCUCGAAAUCCGCUACUCUAUCGGAAUCCAAACACAUACGCAACUUACUUAGACUCUCUGUCUGUGGAAAGUUCCACAGAUCCGGAUCGAAGGCACGAAUAAAACUAAGGCGGCCAUGGUAGAGUCGCCGGAGAAUCGCCGGAGAUCUUCUUCUUCUUCUUCUUCAUCGAGUUCCGGCGAGGUUUCGGUGAGGAUCGAGCGGAAACUUGGCGCUGGAACUAGCACUGAAGGCAAAGAACUUGAGGGUACAGCAGCGGCUGCUGGUUCAGUGACCAAUGGAGGCCCGGAUUCUUCAGGUUUCUUGAAUUUUGCUCUAUCAAAUGAAAUUCAGGAUUGCUGGCAAAAGUACAUCUAAAUUAAACCCUUCACAGAUUGAAGUUUCUGGUGCUAACGAACUAAAACCUACUUCAAGUGAGCUUAAGCUAGAAAGAUCUAAAACUGAAAGGCAAAGGCAUCAUAAUAUACUUGCUGAAGAGGCAAAACAAAUAUUUGAUGAGAAGAUUCCUGUCCAGCAGAAGCUUCAAUUGUUGAAAAGAAUAGCCACUGUCAAAGAUGACGGAACUGUGGAAUUUGAAGUUCCAGGAGAUGUUGAAGCCCGAGCUCUCGGAAUUGGAUCUGAUGAUGUAUAUAAUACAGUUACUGAUGAUGAGCCUGUUGAUGCAACAGAUAUUCAGUAUAUUCCCCCGCUGCAAAUAGUAAUGCUUAUUGUUGGUACACGUGGAGAUGUGCAGCCCUUCAUAGCAAUUGGAAAAAAGCUGCAGGAUUAUGGUCAUCGUGUUAGGCUAGCAACUCAUUCAAAUUUCAAAGAGUUUGUCUUGACUGCUGGGUUGGAGUUUUACCCUUUAGGUGGAGAUCCAAAAGUUCUUGCUGGCUACAUGGUUAAAAAUAAAGGCUUCUUGCCAUCGGGGCCUUCAGAGAUACCUGUUCAACGAAAUCAAAUGAAGGAAAUCAUAUACUCCUUGCUUCCAGCUUGCAAGGACCCUGAUAUGGAUUCUGGAAUCCCUUUUAAGGCUGAUGCAAUAAUAGCCAAUCCUCCAGCAUAUGGACACACUCAUGUGGCAGAGGCACUAAAAAUUCCGCUUCAUAUAUUUUUCACUAUGCCAUGGACGCCAACUAGUGAAUUUCCACAUCCUUUGUCCCGUGUCAAGCAAGCAGCUGGUUAUCGACUUUCAUAUCAAAUAGUUGACUCGUUGAUUUGGCUUGGAAUACGGGACAUGAUAAAUGAUGUUAGGAAGAAAAAGCUAAAGCUACGACCUGUCACAUAUCUUAGUGGUUCGCAGGGCUCUGAAUCUGAUGUGCCACAUGGGUACAUAUGGAGUCCUCACCUUGUUCCGAAACCAAAAGAUUGGGGGCCAAAGGUUGAUGUUGUGGGAUUUUGCUUUCUUGAUCUAGCAUCAAACUAUGAACCUCCUGAGUCUCUUGUGAAAUGGCUUGAAGCUGGCCCUAAACCUAUUUAUAUUGGAUUUGGAAGCCUUCCUGUUCAAGAACCAGAAAAAAUGACCCAAAUAAUCGUGGAUGCAUUGGAACAAACUGGACAGCGGGGAAUCAUUAACAAAGGUUGGGGUGGCCUGGGUAACUUGGCUGAACCAAAGGACUCCAUAUACUUGCUGGAUAACUGUCCUCAUGACUGGCUAUUCUUACGAUGCAAGGCAGUGGUUCAUCAUGGGGGUGCUGGAACAACAGCUGCUGGUCUGAAAGCUGCUUGUCCCACAACCAUUGUGCCUUUCUUUGGUGACCAACCAUUCUGGGGUGAACGAGUAUAUGCCAGAGGAGUAGGUCCUCAACCCAUACCUGUUGAUGAGUUCUCACUUCCCAAGUUGAUUGAUGCAAUAAAGAUUAUGCUAGAUCCCAAGGUGAAGGAGCGUGCUAUUGAACUUGCCAAGGCCAUGGAGAAUGAGGAUGGAGUAACUGGAGCAGUGAAAGCAUUCUUUAAGCAUCUUCCUAAGAUGAAGCCAGAGCCCGAGCCAUCACCGGAACCAUCAAGUUUUUUCUCCUUUAGGAGAUGUUUUGGUUGUUCCUAAAUGUCAGCACAUUGAUUUAAGCACCAGCAGUAGUAUAUACGAUGAUUAUGAUUCAUGAGCAUUAGUUUGUCUGCUAACCAAGAUACAACCACCCUUCUCCUGGUUGUUCUACACAAUGUGCAUCCGACAUUAUUGCCUAUUCAUUGCAGUCAUACAUAUCCAGUGCAACCCAUGAGAUCUCUCUAGAAGUUACAUGUUCAUUUCAAAAGAGCUCUUUUCUAAAACACUUCUGAGGCUUUUUUUUUCUUGUUAUUA